UGCCAUUCGAUUGCCCCCGUCUUGCGCUUCUGGUCAAUCUUCUUUGCACCCAUACAUGCUGCAGUAACUUAUCCUUCGAUGGACCAAAACCUCCUCCUCUGUGGAGGCCUCCUCGUCACAGCUAUCCUUCUCGCCUACGUCGCACUGCAUGCGUGGACACCACCACCAAUAGUCGAGCAUGCGUCCGAGAAAAACUACCGCUCGCGCUCGUCGCCCAAGUCGGCCAAGCCCCUGCCCUCGUUGCACGACAUCGCGUCGAUAGACAUCACUGUCGUCAUCCCCGCGUACAACGAGACCGCGCGGCUCCCUUCUAUGCUCGACACCGCCGUCACGUACCUCGCCGCACAGAAGGGCCGCACGUACGAAAUCCUCAUCGUUGACGACGGGUCGUCGGAUGGGACCGCGGACAAAGCGCUCGCGAUGGCGAAGGGGUAUCCGCGGGCGGACAUUCGCGUCGUACAGCUGGAGAAGAACCUGGGCAAGGGCGGUGCGGUGAGGCAUGGGAUGCUGCAUGGCAGGGGGGAGAAGCUGCUGAUGGUGGACGCGGACGGGGCAUCGCGGUUUGAGGACCUGGCAUUGUUGUGGAAUGCUCUGGACGGGAUCGGGAGGAAGGGCGUUGCGAUAGGGAGCAGGGCGCAUCUGGUCAAGACCGCGGCUGUGGUCAAACGCUCCUUCAUCCGCAAUUUCCUCAUGUAUGGCCUCCACACCGUCCUGCGCAUCGUUGGGGUCGGGCACAUCCGCGAUACCCAGUGCGGGUUCAAGCUCUUCACGCGCGCCGCCGCACAGCAAAUUUUCCCAAAUCAGCACCUCACGACGUGGAUCUUCGACGUCGAGCUGCUCCUGCUCGCGAAGCAGCUCGGGAUACCUGUCGAGGAGGUGCCGAUCGAGUGGCACGAGGUCCCGGGGAGCAAGCUGAACGUGAUGAAAGACUCAUUGCAGAUGCUCCGAGACCUGCUGGUGUUGCGGGCCAACAUGCUCUUGGGCAGGUGGAAGAUCGGGCUCAAGGCGAAGGCAGAGUAGCGAGUUAUGCUUGGUUCGCGAACGCGGUGUGAUCUUCCUCGCUAUUAUUAUUUAUUUACGGACGGACUCAUAAUAUUUCCGGAAUACAUACACUGAUCUGAGGAUAUCUA